UACACCUUGCGUGAAUGACAGCCGGUUGGUGACAGUUGGAUGUUUGUUUACUUUUGAAACGAUGGAAUUGCAAGCGGAAGAUGCAUCCUGUCCAAUGGAAACUUGUUGUACGUCAUCGAGGAAAGCCGUACUACGCCGGUUCUGUCGGCUUUGCAUGCGCGAACAUCCGUUUCUGCUCCCUUUCGAUGCGAAGCUAAACGAAAACACGAUCGCCAAUAUGCUCGAGCGAUUGUUGGGCGCAUUUAGGCUGGAACAAACACCGAAUCUACCGGACGGAGUCUGUCCACGCUGUGUGACGAAGCUGGACUAUGCAUACCACGUACAGAAAGAGUUGGUACGCAAUGAGCAUCGGUUGAGACACUACCAGCAGGAGGGCAAUCUGCUGUCGAAGUUGUUUGAAUAUCAAACCCAAAUCACUGUUUCGAAGGCAACCUACACGGACCGCAUGAUGGAAGAGCACGGUGACGGGUUGCUGGCAGAAAGAAUCAUGGUUGAUGAUAGCUAUGACGCACCGAACAUGCGUGAGGCCGAAUCAACGGCUGCCACUUUGUUCGACACGCUGGAACCUCCUGCCCAGUGGGCUGUUGUGGCCUGUGACUGUCCACCGAAGCCGGCAGCACGUUUUCCAAGGCGGACUGUACGCCCCACUAGCUCCGUGCGUCCCCCAAAGCAAACGCUACUCAAUCGACGUGUAUUGCGCACGAAAUUCGGUGCAGAAAAUCCAACCGAUGUGAUCGUAACACCCAUCGACCCUUGCAAAUGUUACAUAUGCAAUACCGUGCUGGAAACAGAGGAAGCACAAAGGGACCAUCUGGUGGAGCAUGUGAAUAUGCUGCCACACACGUGCCCCCAAUGUUCGCGGGAUGGUGAACAGGGCGAAGAAACGAAUAAUCCACCACUAACCUCGCUGGCAAUGUUGCAGCGCCACUAUCGAAUGCAUUCGUAUCCACUGCAGUGUCCGCACUGUCCACAACGGUUCCGGAAGCAUGCGUCGAUUUACGCACACGUUCGCUACCGGCACGAACUGUUUGAUAAUCCGGAAGGAUACACGUGUGACAUAUGUGGCGUCACGAUGCGAUACCGGCCCUCGUUCCGUUACCACAUGCGUAUUCACUAUCACGAGCAGAUGGGAACGUUCAAAUGCCAGUACUGUGAUCGUGUUUUUGGCACACGAGCCCGGCUAGAGCGGCACGAGCGGGUGCAUACUGGCGAACGACCGUACGCAUGCCAUCUGUGCCCGAAAACGUUCAUUCAUUCGGGCCAGCUAGCGACACACAUAUCGCGCCAUAACAAUGAACGCGGUCACCUGUGUGCCCAGUGCGGGAAAGCGUUCCUGAGCAAGGCCAUGUUGCGACAGCAUCAGGAGUCACACGAAACGCACUCAACGCGGAAGGUUUCCACUACGUACAAAAUGCGGCCACGACCGUGUCAGUAUGCCGGCUGUAAUCACUUGGCUCGAACGUAUCAUGCCUACUACCUGCAUCGGUUACGGCACGAAAUGGCCCAUCGGUGUGACGUCUGUGGUCGACGCUUUGCACGAGAUUGUGAAAUGAGACGGCAUCGGCGUAUCUACCACUCGUCCGAACACCCGUUCAAAUGUGAGCAGUGCAGCAAAACGUUCCUUAGCUCGCAAAGCUACCGGGAGCAUAUGGAUUCGCACGCCAACUUGCGCCGGUUUGAGUGUGAUAUUUGUGACAAAAAGUUUGUACGUCGACGCAAUCUGGUCAAUCAUCGUAUGUCCCAUAGCAACGCUCGCCCGUACCGGUGCGAGGAUUGCGAUAGCGCGACGUUCAAGUACAAGAGCGAUUUGAACCGACACCGGAAAGACAAGCAUGGGCAGCAAGCGGAGCAGGAAGCUGAUACGCUGACGCGAGACGGAGGCGUUGCCGUGGCGGAACAGAUUGUGCUGCUGAACGAGGAAGAUCCCGUGAUGGAUGGAAUGCUCAUAGAAAAUGUACCGGAAGGUAUAUUGAUAAAUGAGGACAUUGAGCUGGACGGGACGUACGGCGAAGUGAUAGAAACGGUGGAAGAGUCCAUCGUCGUGGAGCAACCGAUUGUUAGCUUCGGUAUCGAUGAGGUGACCAAGGAGGAAUAUAUUAUAGAAUAUAUUAACCAUGGGUAAAUGGCAAGAAAUCGUUUGACUGGA